AUGCGUGGACAGAGAAGAGCCCCCCGCUCCACUAGGAGGCCGUGUGUGUUGCUGUCCAACCGGCAAGCCGGCUGCCGCUCAGACGCAGCUACGCGCACUGCUGCAAAGCUGCAGGAGCACCGCCAGUGCAGCCUACGUGUCCUUUCACGCGUUGCCUCUGCUACCGCAGUGGAUUCGCGCGGUGGCUCUAGAGGUGCCUGUGCUGCUGCGGCGACUGCUGCAGGAUCUACACGCCAAGACCGGGCCCCUGCAGCAACGGCCGCUGCUAAAGGGCCAGCAGCUGCUCCAGAGCGCCGUGCGGCACUUUUCUCACGCCCUGCUGCUGCUGCUAGAGCAGCAGCAGCAAGCACAGAAGCAACUGUGUCGGCCAUGGCUGGUCUCAGCGAAGAGGCUCUAAGGGAUACCUACACCCGAAUUAGCCGGGCUGCAGUUGCACUACGCCAGGAGCUAGAGGAGCAACAGCAACUGCUGCUGCUGCAUGCGCGACAGCGCAGGGUCCUCGAUGCAGAACUAGCAGAGCUCAAGGGCAGAGUGGUGUUGCCUCCCGUGAGUCGUCCUUCCCCCAGCAGCUGCAGCGCAGCAGCUGCAGCAGCAACGGCAACGCCCGCUGCACCCCCCGCAGCAGCUGACUCUGCGACGGAGGAGCAUGUGCCCAAGUUUCUGAGGGAAGACCCCUUUGUCGCUCUUCCAGCAAUGCUGGGAGACCUCAUUGGUCGCUAUAAACAGCCGGCUAAGCAACUGGGAGCCACACUCCUUCACGGAAUGCAGCAACUGCAGCAGGAACUGCACCACCUGCAGCAGCACCAAAAGCAGUCCGAGGCACAGAGGAGGGCCGCGCUUCGCGAGAAAGCCAUCCUCAGGCAGCAAGAAUGCCUAGAACACAGAGCAAUAGAAAAACUCAAGAAGCAGCACAUGCAAAAACAGCAGCAGCACCCACAGCCGGCAGCCAAAGCGUGUGCUCCAGCAUCUGUGGCUGCUCCUCCUGCCUCUUUUCUUCCCACGAGCAGACAAGCCCCUCCGGCAUGCAGAAACAAGACGCUUAUUGCACGUCUGCAGCAUCUAUUUAGUGACCCUACCGCCCCCCCCCUCGUAGCAGCCCCCCCUCAACCAGCCGUCCAUCGACGUUCUUUUGCAGCCUCGCACCAACUGCAGCAACAACAGCGACAGAUGCAGCAGAAGCAAUUGCAGCAGCAGCAGUUGCAGCAAAAUGGUGGAAAAGAGCAUCCGCUCGUUGAGGCUCCCGCCGCUCAGCUUUUCCGCAUUUGGAGCGACGGAGAUGCCACACCGGAACAAGACAGCACCAGGAUCGCCGACGUGCCUGCCUUGCAAAAGGCUGUCUGUAGAAGAGGCAGCAAUGCGAGGGCAGGUGCUGGUGAGGAGGAAUGUCAUGCUGGGGGCCUCUUGAGCUCGGAGCGAUGCAAUCUACGAAAUCGAGUGCUGCCGUCACCUUCCAGCGAGAACCCUGCAACAAAUAUUGCAUCGCCAGGGGCAGUACCUUUCGCAUGUGCAGGCGGUGUCUCGACAUUGGCUGCCGCCGAGGUGAAUGUGAGUGGUGCCUCCUCCCCCCUCCCGCCUUCUCCCCACAGCGCCACUGAGGACUGCGUAAUUGUGGCAGCGGAGAUACUUGUCGGCUCGCGGAGCUUGCCUCUGAGGCUGGCUGCCACUGAGAGCUGCGAAGAAGCAGCCGCUGCAUGGGUAGAUCGGCACUGGGGAGCGUUGCAGAAACACUGGCGCGCUGGGUGCCCUGCCGCAACCUUCCUUGGUAGAAAUAAGGCGAUAGAAUCCCUGGAGUCGUUCCUCAGGAACGUAGAGGAAACUUCAGAGGAGCUGCCCGUAAAAGUAACGCGGUCGUGGAGUCUGAUUCUCGAUCCACAGAGCGAAAAGCAACUCAACUAG